AAAAUUCCUAAAAAAGUAUUUACCUUACUAAGAGASGUUUCUGAAAAUCGUCGAAGAGUGACGAUGCUAAUGAGGAACUGCGACCCAUUCAUGUGUAUUGGAGCAUUAUUUCUAUUGUGAAAUUGGCCUUCCUAUUGACAAGAAAACAUCCCCACUAGCACACAACAAGUUUUAACUUUGAAAGCAUCUUAAAAACCACCAUAAAUCGCCCAAGAAGUGGAAAUAUCUUAGGAAAGYACUUGAUUCUGUUAUCUUUCGCACCAUCGGGCCUUAAAUAAUCCAGAUAGAGUUGCCAGAAGGAUGAAUAUUAUAUGGAUCUUGUCUUGCUUGGUUGUGUGUCCAAUGGUAGGCGCAUUGCAAAGCAAACACUUCAAACAACUCGAAUACGACCUCAUUAAAAAAGCAAUCCAGCGACAGUGUGAACAAGAAACACCAAACUGUAACGAGUGCCUCGAUAACAGCCUUUGUGCGUGGUGUUUAGGCGCACUUGGUGCCAAAUGCGCAUCACGAGUACAGUGCCCUAGAGAGUCCUCUUUGAGCAAGUGCGACGMGGUUAAGCCRGUUUUGGACUCUCGAACACAAGAUAUAGAUGMUUUUCUUAGCAAAUUAGACAGUCCWUCUUYGAAGUCGGGCUGUAGCGCGAGAGGGAAUUGCUCUUUCUGCACGAGUUCAUCUUCUUGUUCGUGGUGUGAGAAGACGAAAAGUUGCUUUACCUUCGACGGUUCCUCAAACGCCACGAGUCAGUGUGGAAGUACUCUUUGGUACAGGAAUCAAUGCGUUUAUAGUUCAACCAUCAAACCGUGUCCACAACGAACCGGGGGAUGCAAGGAAUGCACGCAAGACAGCCUCUGCUUCUGGUGCAAGUCAUCUGGCAAUUGUUCAUAUUAUCCCUACGAUGCUUACGUCCCCCCGGAUUGUCCCUCUGGGGAUUUGUACUAUAAGCAAUGUGACCAUAUGAGUUUCUGGGUGGUAUUGUCUCCAAUCUUGGCCAUUAUYCUCGCUCCUAUWCUCAUCUUCAUCAUACUGGCCAUUKUUCUGUGGUGURUGAGAAAAGUUUGCAAAAAUGUCGAUGAGGCGGAUGAAGAAGACGAGUCRUCUGACGAAAACCCGGCUCCCGAGAAGAAGAACAAGAAAGAAAAGAUGUUAAUGAGCCACAAACCCGAACCGAGCCGAGUCGAGGAAUUAAGAAAGAAAUACAAGCUAGGAAAUUGAYAUCUUAAAUAUCAUAAUGUUGUGCGCACGAAUGGAUAAUUUUCUUUUGAUUAAAUUCCCAAAUACUUUCGUUGACCAAAGAGCGCCCUUCUACAAGCUUUGGUAACGGUAUUUUCUUAUCAAAGACGAUAAAGAAGACCCGUGAUAAAUGCAUAAUAUUCUACUAUAAUUGGAAACGGGUCAAUGAUUUUUUUUCGUUGAAUCUAUUUAUAUAAAUCCUUUAGAGAAUUUUUGUUUAUGUUAACCGUACACGAUAAAAUAAUACGAAUCGAUGUCGAUUUUCAACGACAACUUUCGGUCCUUCGCGUUAAUUUGCGUAGCUUCGAGUAAACGAGCAAAAUUUAAUGUGUUGUUUAAAAAAUUUAAUGUGAUGUUUAAUGGAAUUGAGAGUGUUAUAGGAAACGGUCUAUUUUUGAUCAAUAAAGCUCACUUAAUGUCACCAAA